GCAUUUCCACCUUGCUUAGUGACAUCGAGGCGACGAAGAGGAGGGAGGGAAGCGUCGUUGGAAAUUGAACCUUAGUCAAGGUGCACGGCACGAUCGAUAUACCCAUCUAUCUUUGAACCAUGUAAUUGUGCGGGGCCAUACGUGUUUAUGGAUGUCCCGACGGUUGACAGCUGUCAAUCGCACAUAGGUUGGUAGUGAGUCACGGCAUUGGCAUUGGAACUAGGUGAAGACCGCUCACCUCGACAGUAGUCGGAAAGCGGUGUUCCAUGCUUUGUGACUUUCCCCUUCUAGACAAACCUAAUCGAGCACUCGCUUUUUCUCGGCCUGCAAGUCUACCGCUGGUCCGUCGCACCUACUAUCCGUCUACCCCUUUGUUCAGAUGUCCAGGUAUUCUUUCGAUAUCACCGGCAUGGCGUCCAGCUCCGUCAGCCAGGAGGAUUUCGAUAAUGACUUCGAACUGACGUCCAGGAGGUCCAGGAUCAGGACUGCUAGGGCACGGGUUAAUCCACCUAGAACCGGAGAUUCCGCUGCUAUCAAUUUUCAAAAGAGUGGACAAAAUGUGGAAGAGUCUCAGGGUGUGUGCGACACGAGUUCGAACAGUGUACUUCCCCCUGACCAUGAGAGUCAACAGAACAAACCUAUAAUGAGGAAGCAGGACAAACGGGUGACCGGCCGUGUGUUUAGUGUCGUAUCCUGUUUGCACAGGCCAACGCACAUAAACAAGGGAAAGCAGCAGCGUGAUCGACGGAAACUUCGAGAAAAGAGACGAAGUACCGGAGUAGUACAUUUGCCAUCGACGGAGGUUUGUCGCUGUUUUCCAGUCACGUUAAAGAGUACAGGAGGUAGUACAGGCGAAGAUGAGGAAGAUCUUAGUGGCACUUGUCUUGAAACAAAACACAACACACAUCACAAUGAGUUCCUUGAUCAUGAACUCAUCGAAGAACGGACAGCAAAAAUGUUUACGCAAAGGCGAAACAAAAGGCAUUACCGUACUUCCUACAGGUCAUGUAUAAAUAGGCACAGUUGCCACUCCGAUUUGGAGGCAGACGACGAAGAGUUCGAUUCGUUGAACCAAUCUGACGGUGUCAAUCAGUCGGACCACGGGAACCAUGAGCCGCAGGCGUCUGUGAACGCCGCGAGUCAGCCAAGACUGCCCACGCCAACGGGAGACAAUCCGCACGAAUUGAUAGAACGAGCGCAAGAGGAAAAUAGGAGGCUAUUGUCUCUGCUGGAGGACCGAGACCAUAAGAUAAUGGCUCUCGAGGCCAGGCUGCUUCAACAGCAGCACGAGAUGACUAUAGAACGGGAACGGCUCCGAGAGGAGAACGCGGCAUUGAUUCGCGCGAUGGCUGCCCUGGCGAGUAAUUAACUUUUACUUACUCGCAGAGCCACGGUCUGGUCUAUCAAUCCUACGAUCGAUUACAGAGAAUGAGAAUCGUCGAUCAGCGAUUCAAACUGAAUUAUACAUAUAUCUAUAUACAUCUAUAGGUAUAUAUGUAUAUACAUAUAUUGAUAGUUUGUAAGUAAUUGUGAAUUUAAUUGUUAAUAAUAGCCGAAAGAAUUAGCGAAGCGAUUUUAAACAAAAAGAAAACAAAUGAUUACCUGUUAAAUGAUUUACGCUGCAAGAGAAUCAGGGUAAGUUACGCACUAUAGAUACAUAUAUAUAUAUUAUUAUAUAUAUAUACAUAUACACGUAUAUAAUCCAACCGGCUGUCAUAAUUCUUUUUCUCUUUUCUUUUACGCGAUAAGCAGUAGAUCGUCGAGUACAAAUGAAUAACGUUACAAUUUAUCCGCUUCACUUGUAGAGCUUCGCCAGCGCGGGUUUUUCUUACGUAGUGGGAAUGAAGAAAACGGUUGACGGAUUCGUAACGACCCUGUCAGCCAAGCCUGUAAUAUCAGAUUUUGUCCAAUGUUUGUUUGUAAGAAUAAUUACACAUUUGAUGCAUUUGAUGAUCUGCUCGUUAAAGUAUUUACGCGCAGAUCGGCAUUGAAUUCUCCUAUCGGCACAGGUCCGUUUCCAAAUAUGGUCAUCUAUCUCUGUAGUUGACUUGUGUUUUGGAAGCAAAGUCUGUGUCGUCGAUAUCUGUUAUUAAUCGACAUUUUGCAUACAGAGAAUCGCACAACGUUUUCAUUAAGAAUAAAUCGAAUUCGACUGUGCAUGUAAGAAUGUUAAAUGAUUUUUAAUUAAGAGAGGGCAAAGAACAGGUCAUCCUUGUUUUUACGAACUCGGCAAUUGUUUUUUCGCACUUGCAUAAAGGCGAUAAGGUACGUUCCUUCUUUUCCUCGCGCAAUUUUACGGAAUUAAACGGUGCUACAGUCUGUUAGAUCAUUGUUGUUCAACAAGAGAGAACGUGGCAAAGUAAACGAUUGGCUGAUAUAUGUAUAUGUAUAUGCGUGAACUAAAGAAAUUCGGGAACUGUACGUUGUCCGUUUUAUAUACCGAUUACGAAUGGAUCUAUCUUAGGUACGUACAAUUCCGCGUUAGGAUUUUUCUACUCGUGAACUAAAUCUUCGCUACGUUUGCGACGACGCGUUCGCGUGAGUUAGUACAACGGCAUAAAUGCGAAUUUGUUAAAAGGAAUGAUAUCCACACGGGUGUUCCGCGCGGGAUCGUGUGAAUAGGAACAGCACAAAUCAAGCAAUUCCAUAUCUAUCCGACUUUUUGCAUUUAAUUCGAAGGAACACGCAGAUAUUCAAGGAAACAUAAUAGAAUGUUGCUUUCUCGAAAAUUGACAGAAAGCCCUGCAUAAUUCUGCAUGAGCCCUAAGAAAGAAAACAACUACUACUAUUACUACUAUUACUACUAUUAAUAAUAAUACUAUUAUUAUAAUUGCUAUUUACUUCUAGUUAAAACCUAAUUACUACUUACAGCGAAACGCGUAAUCUAUAGAGAAAUUUUGAAAGCAGGAGACUGAAGAGUGCGAGUUGAACGUUAUUAUAUGUAUAUUGUGCAUGUGAGCGAAAAACAGGUGUCGAGAGAAAGUAAAACGGAGAUCGAAUUUGUAUUCACGUUGUCGUAACUUCAUCGUAUGCACAAUCAUUAUACUUUUAACCGUCGCGAUGUGUUAGAACGAACCGUACGUACGGGGACCGUGUACACGUAAUUCAAUUUCAGUUUAUUUUUUGCGGUACUUUUCGCGGCCAUACUCGAUCGGUUACAAUUAUUAUUAUUAUUAUUACUACUACUACUAUUAUUAUUAUUAUUAUUAUUAUUAUUAUUAUUAUUAUUAUUAUUAUUAUUAUUAUUAUUAUUUACAUAUUUCACUUCCGCAAGAAACGUGUCGUCAGUAGGAAAAAUAUAUCUGUCGUAUGCUCGGUCUAAGAAGCUUCACCGAUUCUUCUAUCACGAGAAUUUGGAAACUUUAUUAUAUUCGAAAUUCGAUAUUUUCUGUCUAAAUAAACAUUUUCUUAUAAUAA